UUUCUCUCCAACUUUACCCCCAUAAACUCUACCUUCAUAGUUCACUCUUUUUGCUUUGUUGUUCUCUCUUCUUCUACAAUCUUCUUGCAAAGUUUUGCGUUUUGUUUUUAGUUUUGUGAAAGGAAAAAUGAACAGUAACUUGGAGACUCGAUCAUUGCUGCAUGGGUUUGAUAAGGGAGGUUUCUUUGAUUUGGGACAUCCUCUUCUUAACCGUAUUGCUGAAAGCUUCGUCAAAGCUGCAGGAAUUGGUGCUGUUCAAGCGGUUGCUCGUGAGGCUUAUUUCACUGCCUCUGAAAGUGGCAGUGGAGAUACUACCAGCAUACCACCAGAGAUCACUGGUCCCAAGAAGAAUCGAUUUCCAGACCUUAGAGGGGAGACCAACAGAAAGUCAGUUGAGGCCCUGGUAAAGAGCACCGGAAAAGAAUCUGUGCAAUGGGGACUAGCUGUAGGGAUGUACUCUGGACUUACUUAUGGAUUGAAAGAGGCACGCGGUGUUCACGAUUGGAAAAAUAGUGCCUUGGCAGGAGCAAUAACUGGUGCAGCUCUGGCUUUUACACUGGAAGAUCGUUCUCAUGAACAGGUGGUGCAGUGUGCCAUCACAGGAGCAGCUAUCUCCACUGCUGCGAAUCUGCUUACGGGAAUAUUUUAGGCUAACUAGAAUAUGUUCAGUUGGAGACUUGUUACUAAGUUUUCAUGGCACUUCACAAGUUGAACUUUUAUGUAUGUGGAUAGUGUUGUUUUUGAAUUGAUUUUAUGGCAUUUUUUGUGCCUUAUAACUUGGGUGGAUUUUGACGUUUAAGGCAAAAUAAUAGUAUGAUGUCUCCCAUUGAGGGAAAUUUCUUGAGAA